UUUUCAGGGGUACGCUGCUGGCGCUUUACGCCCCCGGUCCUUUUGAACCGCUCGCGUUUAUCCGGCUCGCAAAAAAAGACGGAGGAAGAAUCGCUGACGAUGAAAGGAAGAGAAUCAACAGAGUGAAAUGGAAACCGAGGGAGGAGGGCUUCGUCGUCGUUUAAAAACUAGGUAGAGAAUUCAUACUGUGUGGAGAGGCGGAAAAUGCAACAAAGAUCUGGCGGAGAUUGUGGCCACACGGUGGAUGUAAUUUCGGUGGAUGUGGAUGCUGGAAAAUCCGGUUCGAGCCGAGCAGGGUCGGCUUGAAGACAGAUGGCAGACUGGAGGCAAAACUAGGCCGGCCCUGAGUUCCGGUAUAUUUCGGUAUCCUUUAUAAAGUUGAACAGGAUGAAUUCUAUUAUCUGCCGGCUUUUCCACUUUCCAAAAGGCUCUGUAUUGCUGAUUCAACAUGCGAUACAAGCAAGAAGUUACGCUAUAUUAAUGUCGAAGAAACCAAAGAAAUCAUUCUCAGUCUCAGUCGAGAAGAAGGUAUUAUCAGUAGAAACAGAUCCUUAUAAGCUCCAAAGUCAUGUAUGUGGCACAAACAUCUACAAAGAAGGAGAAGAUGUUAAGAUAAAGUCAGAUUCAGAAUAUCCCAGCUGGUUGUGGAAUAUUAGAACUGGUCCUCCUCCACCUCUGGAAGAAAUGGAUCCAAAUACCAAGCAAUACUGGAGAAGAUUGCGAUUAUUAGGCUUAAGGAGAAACAACAAAAUCAAAGGAACCAAGAAAUUUUAAUUUAUGCAAUGUAAAAGUACAUGGAAUAAUAUUAAAAUACCUUUGCACAUAUUGUAUUAUAGUUUUUGUACAUGUAAAUAAGUGCAGAAGUUGAAGGAUGAAAAAUGAAGAUCGAGAGAUUACACAUAAUUGUUGUUGUUUACUAAUGUGCUUGAUAUUGACAAAGCCUGUGACGUGAAUUGUGCAAGCUUCGCACUGUACUAUUAUUAGUACUCGCGCAUUACUACGGUCGUACGAGUAGGGAACAAGAUUACGAUUGCCGUGACUUAUCUGAACAUUGAUUAAAGCGGUCGGCUCACAGCAUGUGCUGAAAGGGAUAAGCAUCUUGGGUACACAAACGAGCUUACUCACUGUAAUCAGCGGCACAUCGCACGGAAA